AUGGCUAUCGAAAAAGGCAUAGCUCACAGGCCGGGAGUAUUCAAACAAACAAAUAAAGAACACAAGCAUGGCAGACAUCGUUCCAAAGGCUCCAUAAACGUCUCGUCGAAGGGCAAAGUAUCAGUCAAAACCAUCACUAAGAAGAACAAACAUGAGCUGAAUAGAGAGCAGAGGCGAAAUAAGGCUACUCAAAUCAGACAGAAUAAAAGAGAUGAAGUUCUGGCCAAAAAACGGUCUUUGGGGGGCAUGGAGCAUGCCCCUUUUCUAGUUUGUGUUGUGCCCCUGAAUAAACUUAUAGAUCCCAGCACAGCCCUAACACUUCUUUCACAAUGUGAUGAUGACUCAAUUGUGACUAGGUCUGCAAUGGGGGUAACCCAUUUCAGUAUGCCAAGAUUCAAACAAAAAUUUGCAUUUGUUAUGCCAACACUGGAUAAGGAUUUUGCUGUACUGGAUGCUUUGAAAGUUGCAGAUACUAUUUUAUUUCUCAUAUCUGCUAGUUCAGGACAUGAAGAUAAUGAUUUGGUGAUUGACAAAUGGGGUGAAUCUAUCAUAACAUCUUCAUUUGCUCAGGGUUUACCUACCCCUAUUAUAGCACUUACAGAUCUUGAAAGUAUUGCACUAAAAAAAAGGCAGGAACAGAAACAACAAAUCCAAAAACUAGUGAACAAAUGGCUGCCAGAGGAAAAACUUAUGGUUCUGGACAAGAACAUAGAUGGUAUCAAUCUAUUGAGACGUAUUGGGAAUCAGAAAAGAAAACCUGUUCUUUAUAGAGAUAGGAGACCACAUUUGUUGGGUGAAGAAGUGGAAUAUAUUACUGACUCUCAGGGUACUACAGGGACUUUGAAAAUCACUGGAUAUUUGAGAGGUAGCACUUCUUUAUCAGUCAAUCAGUUGAUCCAUAUUCCUGGUCUAGGAGAUUUUCAGAUGUCACAAAUUGAUAUUGCCAAUGAUCCACAUAAACAUGACAAAACCAAAAAUAGGGAUGUUGUUUCUAUGGAUUCUGAUGAACAGGUUGUCAGAAUCUUAGAAAAAUGUGACCCUGCCAAACAGGAAUCUCUUGAUUCUGAGAACAUUCCUGAUCCAAUGGAUGCUGAACAGACCUGGCCCACCAAUGAAGAACUAGAUAUGGCAGACAAAGAACAAAAAUUGAAAAAAAUCAAAAAAGUACCAAAAGGCUGGUCUGACUACCAGGCAGCCUGGAUACCAGAUGACGAUGCUGAAUUCCAACAAGAUGAAUCUGAGGAUGGAGAAGAAGAAUCCGUAGAUGGGUACAUGGAUGCCAUGUCUGAGGAAAAAUCUGAGAAAUCCGAGGAAGAAGGAGACAAAGACUUUGACAGUGUAACUGUAUCAGAAGUUGCCAUCAAUGAUGAAAAGUAUGACAAAGAAAUGGACUUUUAUGCAGAACGUGAGGCUCUCGCAAAAUUGAAAGCUGCAAAAAGCGACCGACAAUUUCCAGAUGAAAUUGAUACACCCCUGGAUCAGCCUGCUAGGGUCAGAUUCCAGAAAUACAGGGGAUUGGAGAGUUUCAGAACCUCUCCAUGGGAUGUCAAAGAAAAUUUGCCUAGUGAUUAUGCCAGAAUUUUCCAGUUUCAGAAUUUCGACAGGACUAAGAAGAGGGUGUUGAAAGAACAAGAAAAUAAAGAUGGUGCUCUUUCUGGCUGGUACCUUACCGUCCACGUGAAAAACGUCUCCCAACUGAUGUGGUCGACCUUCCAAAAAUCCGGCUCGCCACUAGUACUCUUCGGCCUCUUUCCGCACGAACACAAAAUGUCAGCUGUCAAUGUCGUGCUGAGGAGGACGGCGGAUUACGAUCUUCCUGUCAAAUCCAAAGAGAGGCUCGUCUUCCAGUGCGGCUACAGGCGCUUUGCGGUGAAUCCGGUUUUUAGUAGUCAUACCAACGGUCAAAAGCACAAGGUGACAGUAAUCGCUAUAGCUUCCAUAGCCACCUCUCAUCCAGUCACGACAACCAUAGCCUCCCAGGAAGGCAUUCAUCCUCCACUCCAACCAGACUCGUACCAACUUUACGAAACCCCGCUCACCUUCCAACUACCCCGAGCAGAACCCAACCCAGUCCCUUUUUACGCCCCCGAACCUCAAACCCUCCUUGUAGCCCCAAGAGAAGACCAAGAACCAGACUAUUACCAAGUGCCCAUUCCCAACCAGGAGCUCAUAGCCCCAGCUGAAGGGGCCUGGAACCCCGAUAGCAACCCCAAGUUCUAUUACGAAGUGCCUGCAGUGCUCACCAAGCAAGAGGUCCCUACCAAGCAGUUUCCCAAGAAAUUCAACAAGGAGGUGCACUUGAAGCUGAAGCCUUAUGCUUCGAAGCCUAAGCAGGAGUUGCUGUUGCAGCCUAUCGAUGAGGAAGUGUAUGUGCAGAGACAGAGGAACUUGCAGAAGGUUGUGGAUCAGCUUAACAAGAAAGAGAACAGGAAGCUUAUCCAGGAAAUACCAAAGAAACCUCUUGAAGAUCCCGUUCCUGCCUCCUCUGAUUUAGAGGGACAAGCUGAAGAGGCUAAUUUCGAAAAAGGCCUGAGCGAGCAGCUGACGUCUUCUUUAGGCAUUCCUGCUGCUUCGCAAGGCUCUCCUGCUGGGGAAAGGCUUCAGUUUCACAUGGCUGGGCAUGAUGGACCUCUUUCUUAUAAAUGGGGCUAUGAUACUGGCAAAGGGCACAACAGGCAAUUUAGGUUUGAAGAAAAAGACAAAGAGGGGGUGGUCAAAGGCCACUAUGGUUACUAUGACAAACAAGGAAAACUCCAAGUUAUCCAUUACGAUGCACAUCCUCUCGGAGGGUUUCACUCCGAGAACAGCAAUUCGUGA